AUGGAAGUAAUUAAUGACGUUACAAUACUGAAGAGGAAUGAAAAUAACAAUCAAAGUUCACAAGAGCAAGAACUAUCAUUAGUUAAUCCACAUUAUGAGAAUGUACAUCUACCAGUUCCACAAUCAGAACUAUCAAUGGAAGAAUGUGCUGCUUAUGGUGUAGUGGAAGGUACUAGAUUCCCACAGUAUGAGACUGUAGAUCUACCAGCUCCACAGUCAGAGGGAGACUAUGAACUACCAGUAAAAGAAUGUGCUGCUUAUGGUGUAGUAGAGAGUGCUGGAUUCCCACAGUAUGAGACUGUAACAUUAACAGUUCCUCAGUCGGAACUAUCAAUGGAAGAGUGUGCUGCUUAUGGUGUAGUUCAUCAGUUUUGUACUAAUGUACCACCACUAAUGAACAUUACAUUGAAAGGAUGUACUAAGGAUAACUGUUAUUCAACAACAAAUGUAUCCAUAAGCAAUAGUUCUUAUAAUAACAUUUCACUUGUUGUUCAAUUUCCAUCAAAUAAGACACUGAAUACUAAUACUACCUUGUACUAUCAAAAUGGAGUUACAGUUCAAAGCAACACUAUAACAAUCAGUACUCAUGAUCUUCAGGAAUUCACAUUAAUUAAUAUCACAUCAAAUUCUGUUUGUCUUCAGUUUCAGUAUGUCAGUGGCAGUACACCUUAUAUUGAUGUAAUUCUGCUUGCUGAUGAUGUAGACUAUAUUAUUGAUGGUUUCAGUAUAUCUCCCAAUGAUCAGUUAAACUUUAUUCAGUGUAUUGAUUACAUACUAGCUGGUAAUAACUUAACACUGUAUGCAUGUGAAUGGGCAACCAUAUAUACUUGUCAAUCUAAUCCUCCUGCUGUAAUAACUGGUAUUAAUAUUAUUAAUGACUCUACAUCUUCAGUUCUAAUGUCAUCAGUUCAUUCAUCAUCAGUAUCACUCGCAUCAACAGUAUUGACUACUCCUUCAAUGAUGUCUGUACCAUUGAUAAUAUCUGCUUCACCAGUAGUAACUAUUUCAUCAAUUCCAACUACUUCAUCAUCUACUUUAAUUACUUCAUCAAUGAUGUCUUUACCAAUAACAAUGCCUACUUCGUCUGUGCUAAUUUCGUCAAUAACGUCUGAAUUUAAAGCAUUUGCUUCAUCAGUGCUGACUACUUCAUCAGUAUCAAGUUCAGUAGUGCAACAAGUUACAAGUAGCACCAUCAUAAGCAGUACUACAGAUACUCCUACCAUCAGUAGCUCUACUUCUAUUCCUACCACUAGAUUAACUAGUACAUUAGUGGUACUUCAACUGCUACAUCAUCAUCUGUUAUAG